CCAGAGCCGCGGGGACCAUGGAGCCGGUGCCGCUGCAGGACUUCGUGCGCGCGGUGGACCCCGCCUCCCUCCCGCGCGUGCUGCGGGUCUACUCCGGAGUCUACUUGGAGGGCUCCAUCUAUGAGAUUGCUGGGAAUGAAUGCUGCCUCUCCACAGGGGACCUGAUCAAGGUCACCCAGGUUCGCCUCCAGAAGGUGGUCUGUGAGGACCCAAGAACAGGUCAGAUCUUGGAGCUCGCCCCCGACUUUCAAGGCCACUUCAGCCCCCUCACCAGCCCCCAGAGCUACACAACCCUGGAGGAGCUUGUCUCUGCUGCAACUCAGCACUCCCUGCACCUGCCCAUCUACUUCACAUCAACCCACAGCAUUGCCACAAAGGACAGGGUGGUGACUGAGGACCAGCCCCUCAUGCUUGAGGCUGUGGAAAUGCACCUUGGGACCCACUGUGCACGCUGUGUCUUGGGCUCAGGGGCCCAGCGGGUUGUCCUGCACCUGCCCCUGUCCCAGAAGGGGACCUUCUGGAGGUGGAAGUCUGGUACCCCCCAAACCCUGCUCCAGGUCCUGCAGGACCCAGCCUAUAAGGAUGGCAUGUUCACCUGCCCAAGCAUUCCCUGGCACUCCCUGAUCCUAAGGCCCCAGUAUGAGGUUCAAGCCAUCAUGCACAUGCGCAGAACCAUUGUCAAGAUCCCCUCCACGCUGGAGGUCGAAGUACAGGAUGUCACUGCCUCCUCCCAGCAUGUCCACUUCAUCAAACCACUGCUGCUGAGUGAGGCCCUGGCCCAGGGAGGCCCCUUCCCCCUGUCCACGGAGAUCCUGGAAGUUCCAGAGGGGCCCCCCAUCUUUCUCAGCCCGUGGGUGGGCUCUCUGUGUAAAGGCCAGAAGCUUUGCAUCUAUGGCCUGGCCUCACCACCAUGGCGGGUCCUGGCCUCAAGCAAGGGCCGGAAGGUGCCCAGACACUUUAUGAUCUCUGCGGACUACAAGGGCAAGCUGCGGCUCCGGCCAAGGGAGUUCCCUACAGCCUAUGACCUCCUGGGUGCUCUCCAGCCAGGCCAGCCCCUCCGGGUGGUGGCCACAAGAGACUGUGAAGGGGACGAGGAGGAGAAUCCUGAGUUCUCUUCCCUGGCUGUGGGAGACCGGCUGGAGGUGCUAGGGUCUGGCCAAGUCUAUGGGGCCCAAGGCCAGGAUGUUGGAGUCUUGGUUUGUCAGCGGCUGAGUGACCAGACUGGGGAGGAAAAGGAAGAAGACUAUGAAGAGGUGGAAGAGCGAGAACGGAUUCUGCUGCCCCUCUACACCCCUGGUGGUUUCGUGGAGGAGAUGAAUGACAGCCGGCGCUAUAGCCUGGCGGAUCUAGCUGCCCAGUUCUCACUGCCCUGUGAGGUCAAGGUGGUGGCCAAGGACUCCAGCAACCCUGCCGACCCUCUGGUCUCCUUCCCUGGUCUGCGGCUGGAGGAGAAGAUCACAGAGCCGUUCUUGGUGGUGGGCCUGGACUCCCAGCCUGGGAGGUACUUCGAGAUCCCUCCCCGCUGGAUGGACCUGACUGUGGUGGAGGCCAAGAGGCAGCCAGACCAGCUGGCUGGGCCACUGCCCGUGGCUACAGUGGAGGAGCUGGCGAAUGCUUUCUACUACAACCUUCGGAAAUUACCAGCCUGUGAGAACCAAGCACCCCCUCCCAGGCCCCCGAAAAGUCAGGGCCUCAGUGAGCAGAGAACAAGCGGCAAGGAGGGAGGCAUCAAGUCUUCUAAAGUCUUAGAACCAAAGUGUCCUAAGACCCCUCUGCUGCCCAAAGCUAAGGCGAAGACCUUGCCAGAGUUUUACAAGGACAAAUCAGAUAUGUACAGCAAGACUACCGCCCACAAGGGCCUUAGACCCACUAAGUUCCAAACACAGGAUCCAGAUAUGGAUGAACAUGAUUAUGAAGAAAUAGUCGAACACUUUCGGAAAACCAUGUAGGUGCUGAAGGAGCUGAGCUUCCUAACUGCUGCAUCUUGGGGAUUAAGGACACCCGCCCACCCGUGCAAGCCUCUGAAACCUGGCACAAGGUUUCACAGCAAUCAGACCCAGGCAGGGAAGGGAAUGAACAGCAGAUUGCAACAGCUCCUCACACGUGGCUCCCUCCACCUGAGCUUUGGCAUCCAGAAGAGCUACCUAGGUUCUACUCAGUCUUGCGUCUGUCCCUAUCAGUUGUCCCACUGGUGGUGCAGGGAAGUCAGAAAGGCCACCACCCUUCUCUGGGUAAAGGGGACUGUCUUGACCAUGCUGCAUUGAGAGCCCUUCAUGUUUGCCACCCCUCCCAGGUUCUUAGCCCCUCAGAGACAAAGACUGUGUCACCCUCAUCUUGGUAGCACCUAGCACAUGAUCAGCACUUGCUUAAUGGGGCUUAUAUUAAUAUAUGUGGCAUUUGGCUUCAAGAACAAAAUCUUAGGGCCUUGGUUCUCAAAAGCUGGUGCUGGAACUAUGGCAGCCAAUUCAAAAAGAACCUUAUGAGGGGCUGGGGAUGUAGCUCGGUUGGUAGAGCACUCCCUAGCAUGCAUGAAGCCCUGGGUUCGAUUCCCAGCAAAACACACACACAAACUUUAUGGGGACCCAAAGCUGUGGAAGACUGGCAGGUUUCAACAGGUGGUUCUAAGAUAUUGUAAAAGUUGUGACUAUUCAAGAUUGUUUCUUCUAAAACCUUACAAUAAAAGUGACAUCUGGACUUUU